AAAGUUCAUAAACACGCACCGAAAACAAUAUUCAUCGUACUUGACUACUAGCGGUUGUUGAAGCAUCUUUAUGAAGCUUGUGUCUGUGCACUGAAGAAACAAUAUUUACAUCAUCAAAUGCCCGAACAACGGACGCUACCUUUUUUUAAAUAGACAAUACUUUAAAAAAAAAAAACAAGGAACUCGUUGAUCAUUAAAUAAUACAUUCGUUUAAUUAAAAGUGGUAUCGAAGAGAUGUACUAAUUAAAACUAAACUUCCUGUUGAUAAUUGUCUAUUACGUUAAAAAGACAUAUAAUAUUUCGCUCUGUUCAGUUGGGAGACGUUUAAAUGGCAUGGCUUCAGUGAAAGUGCCUGAACAAAAGGUUAUACUUUGUGGAGAAUAUGGUGUUGGCAAAAGUUCUCUUUUCCGUCGGUACUCCACAAAUACCUUUGUGACUGCAACAGAUAGGCAGUCAACAUUGGGUCUUGAUCAUUUUGACAGGGAAUAUAAAGUAUCUGGAAAACACAUAAAACUACAGUUAUGGGAUACUGGAGGUAUGGAACGUGUUGCAUCAAUCACGUCCAGUUAUUAUAAAUUUGCAGAGGCGGCCAUACUAGUAUUUGCUCUAGAUAAUGCUGCUUCAUUUCAUGUUUUGUCCCAGCAUCUCCUGGAUAUAGUGACAUAUGCAGAAAAUGCAAAGAUAUUCCUGUGUGGCAAUAAAUCAGAUUUGGAAGGUCACACUCCACAAGUUACUGAAAGUGAUAUGGAAAGUUUUUGUGAGCAGUGUCAUAAUCUAAUCAGUGCUACAUACAAAACUUCAUGCAAGACUGGUGAAGGAGUAGAAGAAAUGUUUGCUGAUAUUGCACAUCACUUAGUGCAGGCAAAUAGGUCACGUUUAGAAUUACAGACAAUGGACCAAGAAUCUUUUAAAAUCUCAGCCCCAGAUGAAGCUACAGAACCAUCAUGUCUGUGUUAACAUAUUUUUGCAUGGUUGUGCUCCUUGAACUGAACUGUGAAACACAGUGAAGAUCUCUCUUUAUAUAUCAAGGGAGUUUACUCAUUUAAUUACUGUCUUCCUAGACAUUGUGCUUAUCAGGCUAGUGAGAACAAUGCUGUUAAGAACUGAGUGCAUGAGAUGCAUUUUGAUAAACUACUGAAGUGUAAAUGUGAAUAGACUUGAACUUCACAGAGUUAUUCUUGAUUGUGUUUUCACAUUCUUCUCUUUAUCCAGCAUCCCUGAGUUCUGUGUGAUUCAUUCAUUCAUUCUUUCUUUUCUUCCUGUAUGUUUUGAUCAAUUAAGAAAUGAAAAUCUAAUAGGCUACAUUGUCUACAUUUUGUUGAUCUUCCUUUGUGUUUCCAUUCCACGCUGUAUAAAUAUCAUGCGUUGUUAUUAAUUGUCAUUUCUAACUUAAUUAGGUAGAUGAGACCUAUGAAUCUCAAACGUGUGAAUAAGGGACAUAAGUCCUGCAUAGUUUGCAAGUAUUAUGUACUACCAUUUCUUAAGAUUUAAAUUUGGGGCUUAAAUUGUUUUUGUUACUACACAAAACAUUGUCACUAAGCUGACAAAACAGAACUAUAAGCGGUAGAGUAGAAAUAAUAAUGGAGAACUAGAUUUAGAUUGUCAGGGCAUUCUCCUUUCAGGUUGGGCAUAGGUAUGAAUAAAAUUAUCUAAAUUAAACAUCCAUUGUAAACAAAUGAAAGCAACAAACUACAUUAUAAUUGAUACAGAAUUGCUGGACAGAAUUUCCUUGCCGAAUAUGAGAUAUUUAGCAAUGCCAGUAAACUUGUUUAAAAGUAUAUGACACUGUCAUAGCUUUCAAAGCUAUUAGUUUCUCAAAGGAACACUGGAAAAUACUGAAUACUAACAUCUUACCUUGUAUAAUGAAACGAAAUUUUUAGAAUUUUCAGGGUCACUUCAGUCGUCUUAGCGUUACCUUAAAUGGGUGCUAGAGUUUAAAGUAACUAAUUUUCAGGAAUUAUGAAAGGCUUCAACAAAUCCUUUAUUACAUACUUACUGCACUGCAUGAAAUGUGCAAACUACACUUGUUAGUAAUAUGACACUUCAGUUUUACAGUGGUGGUCCCCAUGUGCAAUUAGGGCUAAUCAGUUAACAGAAGUGGAUCCCAGUCUUCCUGGGAUGACAGUGACCUGUAAUCCUUAUUUAACUUUCCCUAACAUCUCUGUCCCUUUAGCUAGAGGAAGGAAGUAAUAUUUCCAAGUGCUGGAGUAGUGUCGUAUUUUUUUGUGUGUUUGUUGGCAGUACUAAAUUUUUCAUUUCCCAGAGGUAAGUACUGGCCAGAGAUUACAUCCUAUAAUUUUAUAGUUUUCUGGAAUGGAUUUUCCUUUUGAUACAAACUGCUCUAUGACAAAUAGGGGGAGGGGGGAGGAAGAUUCUUAAAUCAUAACACUAACUGGACAAAUAGGAGUGCCGAGAACAUGACAUCCUGCUGCAAAUUUUUCUAAAGCAUGUUUUGCAACUUUGGGUUUUUAAGAGCAAGCAAAUGUUGCCAUUAAUAACACAGAACAGACUUAAACGGCAACACAUUUUGUUUUGUAAAUUUGAAUGAUUUUGCGAUUUUGUAGUUUUAGAUUCCAAAAGGUGCCUAAAAACCAAACUAUGAAUUGUAUGCAAUUUUAGUAAAUAGUCCUAUAGCUAUACUGUGUUGCUUGUUAUAGUUUCUGAUAGAUAAAAAGUACCACUGACAGUCUGAUUUGCUAAACUGUGGGGAUCUUCUGAAAUCAAAAUCACUUAUGUUCUUUAUAGGUUUGGAGUUACAUUAAUACUGUGCAUCUUUAAAUAUUAAUUGUCUAGUGCAAACACAUCCUGUACUUUGCAUGUGUAUAGGACACUCAGUUGUUAUAAAAUACUCAAAUUAUCACAGUUACCUUCUUGCCUUAGAUCUGUGCUGAGGUAAGACAUUGGACUUGUAUUUAUGAAGAUUAUGGUUCAAAUCCAGCCAUCUAAAUUUAUCAUUGUUUCCCUAAAUUGCUCAAGCAAAAUCUGGGAGUGAUUGCUUUGAAAAGGAUGUGGCUGAUUUGCUUCCCCAUUCUCCCACAGUCUGCGCUUACGCUAUGCCUCUAAUGACCUCUUUGUCAACUAGACAUUAAACCCCAAUCUUUCUUUCUGCUUUAGAUAACUAGCACCAUGUAGCUACUACUGAUACAGAAAAAGUGGUGUGUAAAACUAGUUGUCUGUGGAAUCUCUCUUUUGUGUAUUGUUCGCAAAUAAAAGUAAGAAAUGAAAAUUAAUAAUAUUUGAUACACAGUAGAAGUGUCUAGUUAUCAGCUGCUGAAAUGGGAGCAAUGCAGUAAUAUUUGAAUGGGAUAUAGUGAAAAAUCUCAACAAAAAAGAAGUAGCCUCCACCUCCACUCCCAAAAGAAAAGAAGAAUAAUUAGUUAGGUGAUUGUUACAGCACACAACUUAGUAAUUGUACACUGGCUGAGACAUGAAAAAUAAAUGUCCUGUGGCAUACAAAAACCACUGCUAGAUAAAAUAACUUAAGAGGGAAUAUGACAUAUGUCAGGUAAGGUGGUAGAGCUGAGUACCAUUACAGUUUUGGGCUAGUUGUGACAGAUUAGCUAUGUCACAAAAUAGAAAAAUAAGUACCACUUUUCAUACAGCUGUACUAGGUAAUAUCAGUAAAAUAAAUCUUCAACAGUGGUGCUAAUUAUUAUGAUAUGAACUGUUUGACUGUAUUAAACAACUAGGGAAUGACUUGAUCUUAAAAUUAUUAUGGAGGGACAAGUCUAGUAUAGUUGGCACUGAAAGCCAUUGCAAGCAUGUUUAACAAUAACGGGCCUGCCUCUUGGUGACAAUGAUUUCCUAUGGAGGGGUACACGGAUAUAAUUAUCCUCUUAUGUUCACGGUGAUGUUUAUUUACCGUAAAUCCUACUUUGACAGUAUGCAAGUCUGUACCAAGACAAAGUUGACAAAGUGAGCGCAUGGUGUGAAAGCUUAUCCCAUGUUGAUAUACCUAAUUAGAGCUUUAACACUGAAAAUAUAACAGUGUUACUGAUUCGCUAGGAUGUUUUGUAGCCUUGUUAAACUCUUGGGCCCAUUAUCAUGUAUUGUCUGGCGGAAGGCUUUCAAAUUUAUUGCAAUGACUCCUUUUUCAUCUUGUGUGUAGGCAAUUCCCAACUUAAAGCUGUUUUUUAAACUGAGAACAUAAUCUUUCAUGAGAUAGAAUGUGCAUAUUUGGGCAAAGUAAGGAAGGAAAGAAAGAAAGCUGAAUAUAUCAAUAAGAAUAACAGACUGUUAGUGAAAAUUAUCAAUAAUGUAGCAGUAGCACUGCAUUUUUCAAAAUGUUGGUAACUGACUUCCCACACUGAGAACAUGUCAAGAAACAGGUAAGAGCCAUUGGAAAUUGUGUAACCAUCAGAUAAGAUUCUUUGUCACUUAUUGAAAUUUAAACUAUGAUUGAAUGGAUUUUCUUGCUAGACUCCGUGUUUUGCCAUCUAUGGCAGACUUCUUCAGGGUGCAUGAGACUGAUGUGAAAUUUUGUGCUGAGGAUGAACUGGUGGGUUGACCUCGAGAAUUCAUUUAGCCACAGCUAAAUAACUGAGAAAAUUUUAAUAACUGUAACAUUUAUGAUAAUGAAAGCCUGUAUUUUUUUCAAGAUUUUUAUUACAUCACUUAUUUACACACAUCCAACCCUCUCUCUCCCACCAUCCACAUCAGUCAUUGUAUCUUUGUCAUGUUGGUUGAUAAUUUCAUAUACAUUCUAUUUUAUUUUUCUUGUUGCCCUACUAAAAGAAAAAUCUUUUUUUCAGCAAUUAAAUAUUUUUUGGCUAUUUAUGUAUAGUCUACUGUAAUUUGUGUUGUGAUGAGACUCAUAUUUGCAUGUGAACUUAAAUAUGUUUUAAUUAGCAGUCUCUUGAGUACUGGAAUGUAUUCAGUUCAGAUAGAGGUGAAGAAAUGUAUAAGUCUCAGUUGUUGGCUGUUGAAAUAUAGUAAGGGAAGGAGGAGGAGUUUUAUUGAGAUAUGCUGGUCCAGAUUCAUUAUUGUUGCAUGUCUUUACAUGUAUUAAAAUUAAUUGCUAAAUACAAUUCCAGAAAAUGAAUGUUCACAUACUGUUGACCAAAUUAUGCGAUUUCAAGAAACUUAUGAGCUUUUGUAAGGUCUGUCAUUUGGAACUCCAUUUUCACUUUUAAGUAAAACUUGAGUACUGAUGCUGUGAUUGGCCUGCAGCAUUUAGUAACUGGUGUGAUCUACUGCAGAUUCCUGUCUUUUGUUCACCUUUUCUGUACUGUUGUUUCAGUGUCAUAAAAAUGUUUCUCAUGUCCCCACAUCUGUUGUAAUACAACAUGUAUUUAAGACUUGGAAGAAAAUACAGUGCUUCAGAAAAUUCCGCCCAUAUUGUAUCAACAAGGUUUUUUAAAUAUGUACUGUUAAUCAUAACUUGUAGGUUUUGGCAUGCAGGAAGGUACAUACUAAGUUCUUUUUUACAGUCAUAAAUUUUGAGUGUGUUUAUUUCACUGUAUUUUAUUAGUGGUGCUCAUACGAACAGUUUCUAUGUGUGUAUGUGUGUGUCAGAAAGGAUUGCACAGUUAGCACAGAGAAACUGUGCAUUUGUUAAAACAUAUUUACUAAACAAUAUUAAACAGUACUAAUCAUUUUAACCCUUGAGUGGGCGUGCCUUUGUAUAAAGUGCGCUAACAAAAAAUAAAAUGAUUUUGCACAA